AUGCACAUGGAGGGUCAAAAAUAAUUCUUUUUAUUUGAAUAUAUUGAAGAGAGUCAAUUUUUAGAUCAAAAAAUAAAGGAUUACUCCAAAAUUCAGAGAUCUUUUCAAUAUCCUGAAAUACAAUCAUACCUUAAAAACUUAUUAUUAGCCUUAUAUCAAUUGCAUAAAAAUUAAAUGCCUGGAAGAGUUUUUUCAACUUUUAAUAUAGUUGUUCAACCAAACAAUAAAAUUGUGUUAAUGGAUUUUGGAUUCGAACCAUAAAUUGAACAAAAUUACUUAGAUAUAUUGGCACCACCUGAAUAUUUGAAGAAAAUAAUUGAUAAAGAAAAUGCAAAUUAAACAGAUUAUAAAUUUGAUUUAAAAUUUGAUUCUUGGUUGCUUGGAGCAUUUUUAUAUCACUUAAUAAAAUUUUAAUCUAUUAACUAAGUUAAAGUAAACAAUAUUGAUAUACGAUUUAAAUAUGAUAAAAAAGAAGAAUUUUAUGAAUAUUUGAAGAAUAUCGAAUAUAUACCUUGUUAAACAACAAGAUACAAAAAUACACUGCUCUCCUUAGUCUAAGGAUUACUUACUUGUGAUCCAAAGAAAAGAUUAUCAUUUUUAUAAAUUUAUUAACAUCCAUUCAUUUAAGAUCUUCAACUUUAGGGUUAACAAGAAUAUAUUCAAUUCUAUUCGUAAUGUCAAUACAUUAGAGAUUUACAAAAUGAAGUAAUUGAUACAAGAGAAUUGAAUAGAGAUCCUCCUCCAAUUAUGGAAGUACCAACAAGAUAACCUAAUUAUUUGCAUGUUAUUUUGAACAAACCUUAAUUUUCAGAUUAAAGCUUUUAUAACUAUUGGUUCAAAAUUUAAUUGGAUUGUUUGAGAUGCUAUUUAUUAGUUUAAACAGCUGAUAAAAUUACAAUUUUGUCAAAUUAUAAUUAUCCUUUUAUAAAGGUGCUGGUUUAUAUUAUUAAAAAAAUGCAUUUACUUAUUUUAAGGGAAAUGAAUAAUUAUUUGAAAUCAGAACUUUAUUAAAAUUAACCAAAUAGAAAUUGGCAAAUCUUUUUGAAUCAACAUUAGAGAGAUCUAAUCUCAACUGAAUAAAUAAAUUUAUAUCUGAAAGUAUUAGAAUAAGAAUUGAAAAUAAUUUUUGAACAACAUUGUUAGAUUCAUUUACAAUAGGGUUCUUUACUUCCUCUAGAAAUAUAGCAAUCAUUGAAUGAUAAUAGAGAUCAAGAUCCAUAUUAUUACUUUUUGAAUGGUUAUGCAGAUGCUAUAUCAAUGCUACUCAUAUAUGUUGAUUAAUUAAUAACUUAAAAUCAGCUAUUUAAAUUAGAAGAAUUAUAAAGUUUCAAGAAGUUAAUUUAUUUUUGUGUAGAUAUCAAUAUUUCUUUUCAAUCUUAAACAUUUAAAGAAUAAUUUUAAAAACUAACAUAUAACAAUCAAGAAGUGCAACCAAAAGAUAUAAUUACUUUUCUUGGUAUUACCAAUAAGUUUGGAUGA